GCCGGCCGGGCUCCCACGGGGCCGCGGUGAUGUAAUUUCCGCGAGGCGCUGCCAUAGGUUUGAAUGCAGCGAGGGCCCAGAAACGAAACCGAUCGCGGCGCAGCCCGGCUUAUAGGGCGCCGGCCGGAGUCAGCCCCCGCUCAGCCAGUCGCAGCCCGCGGGCCAGGACGCGGCCGGAGCCGGAGCGCAGCCGGGCAGAAGGACACAAAUUUUCCUUCCCUCCAUGCGGCCGCCGGGGUUUUUUAACUUGCGUGGAUGGCCAGGAAGGGCGCACUGAGCUAGGACCCUGCCUGCUCCUUGGAGCCUUCCUGAGCAUCUGAUCUGCUUUUAGAGAUUUGUAGCUGUGUUUACUUGGCCGCUGGGGAAAAUGCCUGCCGUUAACGGCCUCGUCCCCCUGACGCUGGACGGCCUGCAGAAGCGGCUGGAGCUGUGUCUGGUGUGCUCCAAGUGCAGCGUGAGGGAGAACGAGAGCACCUACGGGCGGAGAGAGGUGGAGCAUCGCUGCAUGCAUGAGAUCCUCCUGGCCCAGUGCAGAAGCAAGAGGAGCCAGCUAUGGAAGAAAGUGGGCAGGAGGCCGGGCUUCCCAAACCCAGCACGUUACGAGGUCUGCAGAUACUACUCCCCCGGCUCAGGGUGCCACAGGCACAGGAACCAGUGCACCUUUGCCACCAGCAAGGAGGAGGCGAUGGUGUGGAACUUCGAGAGAGAGCACGAACUGGAGCGGCGUGUGCUGAAAGCCAUGGUGCUCCAGGCACAGACGGCAGGCAGUACAAAAGGCCUCCCAAGCCAGGAAGUGCCCAGCGCCGCAGGGGAAAUCCGGAGCGAGUUUGGGGGGCAGUUCCAGGAGAUCUGCAAACUCUGCUUUUACCAAAGUCCCCAGAGAAUAUCCUCCGGGGGGCUGGCUGGGCUCUGUGAGGAGCACGGUGCUGGGAACGCUCUCCUGGUCCAUGUGGUUACCGACGGAAGGAGGAAGAAGCAGUACACUGCAAUCAGGCCGUGGCCGGAGUUCAUGUCGCAGCUCCGCUAUUGCAUGUUCGUCUCCAGAGGCAACCCGUGCAAGCACGGGGCCCAGCGGUGUAACUACGCGCACAGCGAGGUGGAGAUGGCGGUGUGGGAGGCUGAGCAGAAGCGCGGCCUGGUGCGCUCGGACCUGCUGCCGGCCGUGGCGACGGGCAGCGAGAACGGCGACAAGCCAGCGCAGCCCCAAGUCCAGUUCUACUGCCGGGCCUGCUUGGUGACCUUCAGCUCCCAGGAGAGCUUCGAGAACCAUUGCUCCCUGGUGGAGCACGCGCAGAUGGUCUCGGCCGACACCAUGAUCCAGUGGGCUCACCGCACGCCUCCCUAUGGGCUGAUCACAUUCACGCUGUGCAACAGAGGGGACAUCUGCGAAUAUGGUGAACGGUGCACCAAGGCCCAUUCCGUAGAGGAGCUGCAGGAGUGGAUCCAGAGAGCGAAGGCUGUCGAGAGGAACAGGAAAUCUGCCAAGAGAGACGGGCUCCUCUCCUACCAGGACCGUCUCAUUGCUGAGUACAAGGAGUGCCGCAACGAGGUGUUCAUUCUUUCUGAGCAGGUUGAUGGCGUCAUGGUUACCUGCGAGCAGCCCAUGCGGGUGCAUUCAGAGGACAGGAAGAUGCGAUACUGGUGGAAGUUCAAAGUUCACUCCCAGAUGCCGCUGAGGCAUGUGGCGUUACUGAAGAGAGAUCCCGGAGCCACCUUCUUCCUAGCAGGCGACGGGUUCCCGCGGGGCCUCACCUACAUCCGGGGGGAACGGUUAAAGGCUCUGCCGUCACCACAGCUCUCGUGCCUGGUGGAGGUCUGCAUGGAGUGCUGCACGUUCGGAGUUUAUGAGCAGUGGGUUGUCUUUGACUUCGGCAGCCGCCCCGUCCUGGUGCGGAAAAUCCAGGCCAAGAUCGGCAAGCGGGAGCUCCCCCGGCACGUCCCGGCUGGCACGGAGGGCAGCCGCUUUGUGAACUUUCAGCGCUGGCACAGCGGCAACCGGGUGAUCGUUCCCAGCGUGGAGAUGACCAGUGACGAGGUGGACCUGCUAGCCAAGUACAAAGCGCCAGCGCUCUCCCUGGAGUUCCGGCCCAGCAGCGCUGCAAACGCGCCCAUCACCCACCUCAACUACAGGGAGAGGAUGCACGACUUCCUGUUCCGAGAGGAGGAAGCGGAGCAGACCCUGAUUGACAAGCUUAACCUCCAGGUCACCAUCUCCCUGACCCCGAUGCUGCAGACCCUGUCCAUGGGGAUGAAGUUCGCCCUCUCUGGUGAGCUCUUUGCUGAAGUGCCGACCCCUUGUGCCCUAACGCCGGACACCAACGAGGGGUACCUGCUGAGCCGGUCUGUGAGCACCGCUUUCCUGGCACCUGACCCGCCCACGGACAACCGGGUGUACGAGGUCAAGGUGGAAAGCAAGGCCAUCACCGAGAAGAGCAUCUGGCUCCUCAUCCCCCGGAGAUGCUGCUCUGAGCUUGGCUUCCAGCAGGGCACCUCCUGCAAGGUGGAGAUCCAGUUCCAGAUCGACCGGCUGCAGUUCCGGCUGUGGCACUACGCGGUGGACCAGCUGCUGGACGAGCGGCUGAUCCUGCCCGACGUUGCAGCCUGUUCCAUCCCCACUCCCCCACUGCUACCGCUGAGCGGGAACAAGAAGCAGAUGCAGGCCAUCUCCUUCAUCACCGGCCAGGCCACCAGCACCAGGCAGGUCCCUCCUCUUCUGAUCUAUGGGCCUUUCGGCACAGGGAAGACCUUCACCUUGGCCAUGGCCACCAGGGAAAUCAUCAAGCAGCCCAACACGCGAGUGCUGAUCUGUACUCACACCAACAGUGCGGCUGACAUCUACAUCCGUGAGUACUUCCACGAGUAUGUCACAAACGGGCACCCCAGGGCAGUCCCGCUGAGGAUCAAAUACACAGACCGUUCCAUCAGCAUGACCGACCCCGUCACUCAGCUGUACUGCUGCCUUUCUCCAGACCAGAGGACCUUCAGGCAACCCACUCAAGCAGAGAUCGACAGGCACCGCAUUAUCAUCACCACAUCCAUGCUGUCCAAGAACCUGAGGGUGCCCCCUGGAUAUUUCACCCACAUCUUGAUAGAUGAGGCAGCUCAGAUGCUGGAAUGCGAAGCUCUGAUCCCGCUCUCGUAUGCUACUUUUGAGACUCGAGUCGUCCUAGCUGGGGACCACAUGCAAGUGACCCCUAAGUUGUUCUGCCUGGGAGGUGAGCAGUCGGCCGACCACACCCUGCUGAACCGUCUCUUCCAGUACUACCAGAAGGAGAAACACGAAGUAGCUCUGAAAAGCAGGAUCAUCUUCAACGAGAACUACCGCUCCACUGCAGGCAUCAUCGAGUUUGUCUCCAAGCAUUUCUACGUCAGCAAAGGCAACACCAUCCAUGCCAGCGGCAACGUCCCGCCCCACCCUGAGCUCCACCCACUCAUGUUUUGCCACGUGCCGGGCUCCACCGAGCGGGAUAUGGCCAUGACGUCCUGGUACAACGUCGCCGAGAUCAUGCAGGUGAUCGAGAAAGUGCAAGAGAUGCACCAGAAGUGGCCAGAUGAAUGGGGAGCCCGGGACCUGAAGAGAAUCUGCGUGGUCUCCCACGGCAUGCAGGUCAAUGCAAUAAGGCAGGAGCUGAGGAAGAAGCACCUGGGAGAGGUGGCAGUGGAAAACUUUGAAAACUUACCAGGGAGGGAGUUUCGGGUCAUCAUCAUCAGCACAGUUCACACCAAGGAAAGCCUGCUCAGCUCCGCUUCCCCCAACAUGGAGUUCUUCAACGAAGCGAGGGUGCUGAACACCAUCAUGACGAGGGCCCAGUCGCAGGUCAUCGUGGUGGGAGAUGCUGUGGCCUUGUGCUCCUAUGGCCAGUGCAGCAAGGUCUGGAAGCGCUUCCUCCAGGAGUGCAUUGAGAAAGGCAGCGUGACUCCGGAAACGCUGACGCUGGAGCAGAUUAAGCAGGCAGUGUCCGACAAGCAGAGCUGGAUCCGGGGAAGCACGGAGCUGCUUGAGGAGGACGACAGCGACACGGAUUCCUGGACCUCCGAAUUGGAUAACACAAAUCCCGAUGAUCCCAUUCUCCAGGAGCUCCUGGAUGAGAGCAAGAACGUCCAGGUGACUGUUUCCGAAGAAGGGUUGCUGAACGUGAGCUCCGAGGCGUCGGCCCAGCAGAACGGUCGGCUGGAAUAUGUCAACUUCUCCUCUCCCACAAUGCAGGAGUAUCUUCGCAUGCACCCCAAAAUGUACAAGAGGUGUGAGCUGGUCAAAGAGGGGUUUGACAGAGCAUCUGCCUUCGCCUUCGAAGACUCACCUCCGCUCAACAUUCAGAUCAAAGGCAGAGUUCGCUGUGGCAUGGCUUUCACUGGUGACCAAGUGCUAGUGGAGCUCCUGCAGACCAGCGCCCCUGAGGGUGGCACCCUCCGUCCCCAGGGGAGAGUGGUGGGGGUGCUGACGCAGGCCGAGCGACAGCGGGCCUUCGUCUGCAUGAUGGACGAGUAUGACCCCCGCGUGAUGAUCCCCAUCGACCACACCAUCACCAAAAUAUUCGUCCCAGGGCUGAAAGAAAAACCCAAUGUCGUCCCCAUCCGCAAACUGGUAAAGGGGAAGUACCAGGUGGUCAGGUGUGAGAAGAUAAACCAGGAGAUGAAAAGAAGUCAGCUCUUCUAUGUCCAAAUUAUCUCCUGGCGGGAAGGUUUUUACUACCCUCUGGGCAUAGUAACAGACAUCCUGCCCAUGGCUUUGACUCUGGAAGAAGGCUUGAAGAUACUUGAUUUGGAGUACGGUCUGGCAAAAAAGUACCCAAGCGAGGUGACCACGGAGCUGGCCAAAAUUACCUCCAGCAAAUCCAACCCUCCCAAGGAGAAUCGGAGGGACUGCCGGAGCUACCUGACCUUCACUGUCGACCCCCCAGGCUCUAAAGAUUUGGAUGAUGCCAUAAGUGUCCGAGAUGAGGGCAAUUGUUAUGAGAUUGGUAUCCACAUCGCAGACGUGGCUGGCUUUGUUCCCAAAGACAGUGCUUUGGAUAUGGAGGCGAAGAAACGAGGCACGACUUACUAUGCCCCUUGUAAGGAGCCGCUGUGCAUGUUCCCACCCCGGAUCAGCCAAGACCUCUGCAGCCUCCUGCCACAAAAGGAUCGCCACGUGAUCUCCCUGUUUGUCACUGUAGAAAAGACAACAGACAGGGUGAUGAAAGGGAACUUCACUGUGUCCACAAUCCACUCGGACCGGCAGCUGUCCUACGAGGAGGCAGAGAGCAUCAUUAAGAACCAUUACAGUGGGGAAGCGAAGGCCCUUCGCUUUGACACCCUUGAGGACUGUAUAGCUGUGGCUUAUCACUUCUCCAGGGUCCACCGACAGUUCAGGCUGCAGGAAGACUGUUACUACGACCGGCUGGAUGAGGAAAGUACCCCAGGCAACAGGGGAUCCCACCAGAUGAUCGAGGAGUUCAUGAUCAUGUUCAACAGCUUCGUGGCCGAGUUUCUAACCAACAAAGACCACACCAAGAACGUCACUCCUCUCCGGUGUCAAAUGGAGCCCAACCCCCAGCAGGUGGCUCAGAUGAAGAACAAAUACAGCCACAUCAUCCCUUUGUCUAUCCACCUCUCGCACCACCUGGGAGCUCUGCCUGCUGGCCCAGCCCCUGCUGGGCGGGGUGAGUUCAGCCUCCUGACCCCACUGUGGGAGCACCUCCAGUCAGCUGUGGACGCUCGUGAUGUCCACAAGGUGCUCGACCUCAUUGCUACCGAUGACAUUCACCCGAAGCUCGCCCCCAUCGUCCUGGAGUUCAGGAGGCUGCUGAGCCGCUCCUAUUUCAGUCGCUCCAACUCGACCGCUCAGUCUAAGGCAGGACAUUAUUCCUUGCACGUCGACUCUUACACCUGGGCCUCCUCCCCCAUCCGCCGAUACCUGGACGUCGUGGUCCAGCGGCACCUUCGUUCCGUGCUCUGCAAGAAGCCAGUGCUGUACUCCUUGGAGGACAUCGAAUUUCUCUGCCGUGACUUCAACAGGAAGAACUUACGGGCGGCCACCUACGAGAAGAGGGCCCACUCCCUGCAGAUGGCCACCCGGCUGAGGUGCCAAGUCCGGCAGAAGAUCGCGUUCGUUGUGAGUGUUGAGGGAAUGGAUAGGUUCUUUAAAGCCUUGUUCCCGCUGAACAAUGAGACCCUUCCGGAUCCCCAAGUGAUCAACUACCGGGCUCUGCAGUUAGUGGAACAGCCCUCGUUUAGCCAAGAGCGGAACAGCAUGAGGCUGACGUGGAGGCGGCGAAUGUACUCCGUGGCGAGCUCCAAGGAGCACACCCCACGGUCCUCGCCGCUUCGGGACCGCCACAUCACCCUCUUCAGCGCUCAGGUGUGGGAAGACGUGCUGGCGGCCAUCAGAAAGGAAGAGUUCGAGAGCGUGAUUGCUCUCCUCAGGCAGGGCCGGGCGACGCGCCAGAGGCAGGUGGGGAGAAUGGAGAGAAGCGACUGCUCGCACUACGUGGGGCUGUCUCUAGAACUGAGCGCCGGGGAUGCCGUACAGCUGCAGCUCACCACCGGGGUUCAUCGGGGAUUUCUGGUGCCUUUUGUGCAGCUGUGGAGCGUGACGCCGGGUUUUGACGUCUGUCUGGAGCACACGGAAAAGCCCAUCAACUGCUUCUCGAAUUACGCCACGCAGGCGUCCAAGGACAAGUACAAGAAUCCAUCGGACUAUAGCAGGGUGUGGCAGCCGCUCAGUGCUAUGGAAUCUGCUUCGUGUGCUGUGGCAGAAAACGACUCCAUUGUCCUGCAGGAUGUCAAAAUAACCUGGGACAAGCAAAGAAACAGCAAAGAGCAGCUGCAGGGGACUUUCUCCUUAACCAAAAGCUUCCUAGAGGAGUGCGCCAUUGAUGUAGACUUCAACCACUGUUACUUGUGCAUCCGGCUAGAGGGCCUGACGCUCAGUGGACGCCGUAAUGACGAGGCGUGUCUUAGCCACAGCCUCCAGAAACUCAGCUUGUCCAACGAGAGCACGGCAGGUGGCAGCUUCGUGGUUGAUCCAGCUACAUACACUUGGGUAGCCCAUGGGCUGCCCGAAGAGUGUAGUGACAAUGAGAAGCUGGACAGAAGUGGACUGAAGGCUGUGAAUUUUUACAUCCAUUUUAUGUCCAUGGAGACGGUUCCUGCGGAGAUCUCCCAGGACUCCGCCAGGUUUACGGUGGAGAUCAUUCCAAAGAUGCUUCCAGAUGUCCGGAAAGAGAAUGCAAUCUGGAAACUGCAAUAUGCCUCAAAGCUCGCCAAGAGCAUAGCGCUGGGCCGGGAGCCUCCCCAGACAGCAGAGAAAAAAUCCAAACUCCAGACACAAAAAACCUUUGAUAUCCCUGGGGGCCUGAGAAAGCUCAACCAAAGUCAAAACAAGGCAAUCCUAGAUGCUCUGAGAAAACCCUUCACUCUCAUCCAGGGACCACCAGGCACGGGGAAGACUGUGGUUGGCGUCCAUAUUGUCUACUGGUUCAACAAGCUGAAUGAGGAGAGGCUGGAGAAGGAACCAUCUCUGGACAAUGCGGAAAAAGCAAGAAAAUGCAUCUUGUACUGUGGCCCAUCCAACAAGUCUGUCGACGUUGUUGCAGAGAUGCUGUUGAAGAUGAAGGGGAACCUGAAGCCUCUGAGGGUUUAUGGCGAGGCGCUGGAGUCGAUGGAAUUCCCCUACCCCGGGAGCAGCCGGCACUUCUCCCGGAAAGCCCUGCGGGAUGCAAAACCUAAGCCGGAGCUCAGUGAAAUAAUUUUGCAUCACCGAAUCCGGCAGCCGUCCAAUCCUUUCUGGCGAAAAAUCCGUGACUUUGAUGCAAAAGUGAAAAGAGGAGAGCAGAUCUCAGAAGAGGAGGUUAAGAAGUACAAAAACCUGUUGUCAGAUGCCCGUGUGCAUGAGCUGCAACUCCACAAUGUCAUCCUGUGCACGUGCUCCGCUGCCUCUGCCAACAGCCUUGUGGACAACCUGAACGUCAAGCAGAUCCUCAUUGAUGAGUGCGCCAUGUCCACUGAGCCAGAGACCCUCAUACCCCUGGUCAGCUACGGGAAGGCAGAAAAGGUUGUUUUGCUUGGGGACCAUAAACAGUUGCGGCCUGUGGUCCACAACGAUUUCUGCAAGAGCCUUGGCAUGGAGAUGUCCCUCUUCGAACGCUACCGGGACCAAGCCCAGAUGCUGGACACGCAGUACCGCAUGCAAAAGGACAUCUGCAGGUUCCCAUCCCAGGAAUUUUACAAGAGCAAGCUGACGACCUGCCCUGAGCUUAAACGCCCUACCAGCGCACUCGAACACAGAUACAAAAGCGGCUGUGCAAUCAUCUUCGGGCACAUAGAGGGGAAGGAGCAGAGUCUGAUGGUCUCCACCGAGGAGGGGAACGAGAAUUCCAGGGCUAACCUGGAAGAAGUGGAACAGGUGGUGAGGAUAGCAAAGCAGCUGACCCUGGAUGGCACCAUCAAGCCAGUGAGUGUUGCCAUCCUGAGCCCGUACAACGCCCAGGUGUCGGAGAUCAACAAACGUCUCACCCAGGAGGGUGUCCGUGGGAUGACGGUUUGCACCAUCAUGAAAAGUCAAGGGAGUGAAUGGAAGUACGUGAUCCUGACCACUGUACGCUCCUGCUCUCGAUCGGAUAUUGAUAGGAAACCCACCAAAAGCUGGCAGAAGAAGUACCUGGGAUUUGUUAUUGACCCAAACCAGGUCAAUGUAGCCAUCACUCGGGCUCAAGAGGGGCUCUGCAUUAUAGGAAACCGUUAUCUCCUAGAAUCCAACCCUUUGUGGAGAAGACUGCUGGAGCAUUACAAACGGAUGGGUUGCAGCACUUUGGCUCACGACAUUCGGGUCAGAAAGAAGUCAGCCCUUCACUGAUGUGAAUGGAUCACAACUGGAUAAACCAGUCCCUGCCUGAAAUGUUUGAUGGGUACAUUGGGGAACAAUGCUGUGUUCAGGCCUCUUUUCUACCCGUCCGACAUUAACCAGUGACCAAAAGGCACCAGGGAUUGGCAAGCUGCACUUUCCUUGCAUGUUGACCACUUACCUUAAGCUUUUUUUAAUGAAAAGGCAACCUUGGAUCAAGACUUUCAGCAUCUGCAAACCAAAAAGCUUUGGAAGUUGAGGGUGCAGGGGGAGAUUGUGCUAUUUUGUGGAAGCCAAGAGAUCCUCAGUGGAAUUCCCAUCCUGCCUUUUUGUGACAGCAGCUAUUCUUUGGGGACCAAGUGGAUAUUUCCACUUCAUCAGGAGGUGAAGGAUGGUGUGUGAUGGACCUACAGCUGAGCUGUAGGAUCAAGGCUGCCGAGUGCUACCACUAAUUCUGAAACCAAGGCCAGGAACCAACUAAGGCGAUCUCAUUUCUCAAAGCAGAAAAAACAAUCUGUUUUAUUUUAAAUGAAGGAAGAAGAAACUGGGAGAAAACCAAAAAAAGAAUAUUCUUGGCCUUUAAGAACUGGUAAAUCUCACUUAGCCAAGGUUGUGGUGACCAGUAUAAAGCGAAUGAAGACUGUGGGGGACAAGCUCUACCAGCAGAUUUUGACAUUGCAAAGAUAUUUUUAAGCUGCCCACCUAGUUUUACUUGAAAAUGUUUCCUCGUGUAAAGAAUGUUUCCUCUUUUUUUUAAAAGCUGCUUCUAACUUAUUGACUUUUAACUCAGUGAACUUUGCUUUGCAAUCAAAGGCCCAUACUUUUGGCCAUGUGAUAUGUAUGUGUAUAUAUUUUUAAAAUAGCCAAAUUGCUGUGAACUGGGAGGUGUAAAUCACUAGAGAACAGGACACUAACAGGAAUAGGAAUUAUUUUUCCCAAUAAUUCAGUUCUGAUCAUGCCUGUGUAGUGGCGAAACGGUGCUCGGCGCUGAGCCUUGUUAAGCUGGAGCGGCUUACGUAGGCCUGGUAUUUCUGGGGGACAGCACCUUUAUCUCAUUAUUCCAGUUCUGACUAUACGUGUGCCUGCCUCAGCGCUCCCUGAGACCAAACACAUGGACACCUGUAGAUGUCCGUGUAAGACUGAUCCAAGCUGCCAUUACAACUAUUUUUUUUUUUUAAAUCCAAUGAAAACAAGGUGGGCCAAGUGCCGUCCCUGGUGUAACUACUGACCUUUGUGACUUCAACAAGAGUUAUAGCCGGGAUGAAUGAAUGCUGUGUUUGCAGGGCUCCUUUCCUGAUGUGAAGGAAUGUGCAAUAAGAAAACCUGAACACCCAGCAUGUAAUGUCCUACUCCAUUUCCGUGGGCCUUCCUGUUCGGUUUGAGUCAUGUGCAGCCAUGGAAAGGACCCAACCUGUGCAGAAGGUUCUCAUUCCUCGACUUCUUGUUUUGAAACUGCUUGCUUGCCCUCCAUGUAAUAGACCUGGUUUCUGGUGAAAACACACACAUCUGCUAGUACUGCAACAUAUGGGUCCAAGUCCCAUGUCUGAGGAAAGAAUGUAGACGGCUUCCUCAUUAUUUCUAAGGGGCACUGGAUAAAGGCUGGUCAUAGAAUCUGAGGCCAGAAGGGAUCACCAGCUCAUCCAGACUGACCUCUUGUGCAUCACAGGCCACUGCACACUAAGCCCAGCCACCAAAGUUUUUCAGCCCUCAAGAGACUAAACUAUUAUGUGCCACAGGCAGAGAACGGGUGAGUUCUUAGGCCUGACAGUUGUCCCACAUUGAAGCCUCUUAUCUCAAGGAUUCCAGAUGGGCCUUGUUUUUGCAAACCAAUUGUUUUUACGACUCCAGAAUAAACUCUGGACAGAGAUCGCUUUGUGGACUCGUGAAACAAAUGGUGAAAGCCUGUAUGGGAAUCCUUAAGUUAAACACUUCAGUAUGGUGCACAUAUCCCAGCAGAGAGAACAUUGUAUUGCUAACACACUCAUCGUGGUCCCUUUAAGCCCAGUGGGCCUUAUUCUCCUCCCUCUAGUAUACAUCCAGAGUUUCUCCGUGGAAAGAAUGCAGGUUACACAAGUGUACAACAGAUAUAAAUGGGAGGAGAAUCAGAUGCACUGUAGGGGCUUAGUUUGAUACUGCUGAGCAUUAUUUAGCCGUGUUACCUUGGCAUGUACCAUUUUCCACUUGUUUGUAUUUAAAAAAACAAAAUACCCCCCGCCCCACCAAACUACUACAUCUUGUGAGGUAAAGUCUAGAGUGAAGUACUUUGUUCAGUCACUGUUAUCUUACAAGGCAACAGAUCAGCAUCCUCUCCGGAAACUUACUCUGAAAGAGAUCGGUCUCAUAACUUGUGUUCGAAAAUGCUGCCCUGUGGCCUACCAGCUCCAGUGAGAUCGCAGCUCAGACUGCUGGGUUGCAUUGAUGUUGUAAAUAGGUAGUUGCAUAAUUGAUCAUGUAGCCUCAGUAGCCAGGGGUUAGUAGGAAGGGCAAUGAGUGUAACGUUUUGUAGAGACUAUUCCUGAUAACUGAAUACUGCGUUAGGGAUAUUGUGCUUCUGGAUAUACAGAAUCAGAGAAGUUCAUAUGGAAAAGACUCAUUGAAUGUAGUCCAGCUUCUGAUGCAUAGAGAGAUUUGAAUCAGUUAUUUAUGAUGGAAGGAUUUUUACAUAAAACUAUUGACAUAAAGACAAACCUUUUUUAUUAGGGGGGGGAAAGCCCCCACUAUAAUUCCAAUGGCAUGUGUCUGGAACGAUGGUGUGCAGUUUGUCGGCCACAUCACAAGCGCCACAUCUUAGAGUUUGAUUAAAAACAAGGCUUGUGAAUGGUAAAAUAGGAGAUCAGAAUGGUUUCCUAGGGAGAUGCUGUGAGUGGGAAAUAUCCUGUCAUCAUAAACAUCAGGAGUUGAACUCCAGCUGGUGCUGACCAUAGGUGCAUGCCCAAAGAACAGCACAAUGGCUGCAGUUUGGGCGGAAAGUUGUCCAUCCCAGUCCUGAAACCCCUGGAAAGUCAUGCACAGCCCAUUAUGCCGUGCGUCUGACAGCAGUCCUGGCGGGGUGGGUAUGGGCUGCAGCUAAGAGGUUGGAGUACAAUCUAAGCACAGCACCCUCAUCACCCCCACUCCAUACAGCUUGUUCUUUCUGCAGGAUUGGGGUGAGGGGCUGGCUUUGGGUUCUCAGCCAGAAGACAAGCACGUGUGAAAAUUGCCUUUGUGGGACAUGUCCAUUCAUACUGGAGAGUAGCAUCGCUUUCCCCACCACUGCCUAGACUUUGACCCUAUGUGAGUUCACGAAAGGUGAUCUGCAUGUAGAGUAAACAGUGUCUCGGGCUUCAGUCUGCCUGAUCGUUGUGAUUUUAGCACUCGCCCGUGGGUCUGCUCCUGCUCGCAGUAAAACCAAUAGAAAAAUCCUCCGUAGGAAUAGACGUGGGCCCGUGGCGCUGUUCCUGUGUAGAAUAUGAUCCACUGCAAUAAAUCAGUUUUUAAAUGGAAAUAAAAUGUUACAUGUUGUGAAAUGCAAAUUAAGGAACCUUAAAUGGGGCAGGUUUUUUUAUCUUGUGUGUGUCUGUACCAUGUGACUUGUAACAGAUUUGGAGCAACAUUUUGGAUACAAAUAUUUUUAUCUGCGGCUAAUGUUUUUAAAUAAGAACCUCAACAUUCUUGUUUCAUAUUUAAGCCAUAAUUGUAAAGAUGAUUGAAUUUAUUAAAUGAAAAAUGUUUAUUUAUGGGAA